AUGCUGCAGCGGGACCAGCCCCGCGAGGGACCGGGACAGGCGUUCCCCUGGCAGGCCCUCACCGCAGCCCUGUGCGCCGAGGAGCCCGUGCUGGAGGAACCACAGGGCGUCCUGGCAGUCAAGCCACGGCUGCUGCUGCUGCCCAUCAUGUGCCAGAGAAACUUCUUCUCCCUGCUCCUCAUGAUGCGGGAUGCAGUACCAGGAGGCUGCCUUGGCCAGCUGCUCCAGGCCAUGGAACAGGAUUCCCAUGUGGAUCCCUGGAUGCGGACGCUGGGGGGUCUGCUCCGGCAGGGACCAAGAACAGAAGAGCGCUUCCCAUCUCCCACUCCACUCUCGUCUACAUGCCAGCAGCAGCUUAGGUGCCUGUGCCAGAAAAUUGCCCAGAACAAACCAGAGGGGCAAAGGAAAUUGAACUGGUGCUUUAGGAAGCAACCUGGUGCCACUGGAGAUGUGGCUGACUCUGUGCCUCAAGGUGGAAAGCGCAAGAAAGUGUUGGAGGAGGGAGCGGAGUUGGUCAGUGACAGAGAGAGGAAGAGAUUGCUGCUGGAGGAGGUGGCGUUUGACCCUCUGGGACCCCAGGAAUGUGGGGAUGUGACAGGGAUAGAAGAGGAGGUGCCUGAGGAGCCUUCAGUGGGUACAUGUGCUGAGAGCACAGAUGGGGCUGCUCCAGACAGCUCCCAGCAGGAUGCAGUUGGGGAGCUCAGGAAGAGUCCUGAAACAGAGCUGGCAGCAGAGGCCCAGUCCUUUCUCCAGAUGCAUGGACAGAAGCUGAAAAUGCUGCUGCUGCAGGAGUCCAGCCACUCCGAGCUGAGCAUCCCGCCUGAGCUGUGCAUCCUGAACAGCUGCUCCCCCAGCCAGCUUGAAGGACUGUGCUCCUUCCUCCAGCUGUCUGUGUGCCCAGAGCCCUUCCUGGGGCGUUUCUGCAGGUGGCUGCUGGCUCUCACCCCUGACCUCAGCUACACCAGCGCGGCCAUCCUGGCAGAGCAGCUCUUCCUCAGGCGAGUCCUGUCCCUUACCCAGCCACCUUCCCGACACCUCAUGGCUGCCCUCGCUUCAUUUUGCUCCAAGUAUUCCCAACCCUUCUGCCAUGUGCUGGUGGCUGCGGUCCUGCAGGAGCCAGGGGAAGGUGCUGAGCAGACCAAGCUGGUGUGUGAGCUUGUGGAGGAGUGCCUGGAGCCACACUGUGUGCAGCUGGUGCUAAGCCAAGUCUUGGAGAUGCCUUUGUCAGAGAAGCUCCUGCCGGUAGUGCAGGCCGUUCUGGGGCGGCAGGAGGUGCUGCCCCCGGAGCUCUUGGAUCUCCUGGUCCUGACGCUGUGCCGGCAGGCCUCAGCCUUUGCCACAUCGCUUGACUAUGCCAAGCUGGUGACGGCCAUGCUUACCAUGUACCAGAGCCAGGUCACCCCAACUCACCGGAGCAGUCUGGCUGCCGCUCUGGAUCAGAGCAAUGCAGCUCUGAAGAAAUCACUACAGGCUGUGCUGGAAGGGGCCAGAUGAGGUGACCACCAAAGGGAACUGUGAGGUGACAGGUUCCUUGCAUAGAGAACACUCAUUGCGCAGUGGCAGCUGCAGCGCACCCUUCAUGGGUUUCCCCCAGUGGGGUGGGACCCCACAGAUGGGGUCUGUGCCCCACAGAGUACCCAAAGCCUCACGGCAGCAUCUGAUGUGAGGGUAUUAUCACUGGGCAGCGCCAUCCCAGCCUCCCACAUCCCCGGAGCUCGAAGGUGAGGGCUCUUGUUUGAACAAUUAACGUGUUUCCAGGCGUUUCUGUAUGUGCUCUCCCUUCGGCCCGCCGCACUCAACAUGGCGGCCCCCGCCCCGCCGCACUCAAACAUGCAGCC